UCGGGAGGGUGGGGCGGGGGAACCGGGAGCUCGGGGCAGAGGCGCAGGUGAAAGAGGAAACGGCCGUGUCUCCAGACUUGGUGUGAACCUGGCGCCGUAUUCAGACGCCCGAUGAGAACCUGCGCGCCCCAGCGCCCGUUUCCAGGUGUACCCUCUCAGUUUGCUACACUCUUCCAGUAGUGGCAGAAAAUGAUCACAUCCCAGGGAUCACUGUCAUUCCAGGAUGUGGCCAUCGGCUUCACCCAGGAGGAGUGGCGGCACCUGGACCCUGCUCAGAGGCAGCUAUACAGGGACGUGAUGCUGGAGAACUACAGCCACCUCGUCUCAGUGGGGUAUUGCAUCGCUAAACCAGAAGUGAUCCUCAAGUUGGAGCAAGGUGAGGAGCCGUGGACAUUGGAGGAAGAAUUUCUACACCAGAGCUGCCCUGAAUUAAUUAAUAUCUGUAGAAACUAUUCAAGAAAGAAGUUUGAUGAGUUUAACAAAGGUAGAAAAUGGUUCCAUGAUGACAAGCAUGAAAGAAUUCAUUCUGAAGAGAACCCUUAUGAAUAUAAUAAAAGUGGAAAUAGCAUCUGUCUUAAUGAGGACUCUAUUCAGCAUCGAAAAAUUCAAAUUUUGGAGCAACCUUUUGAAUACAAUGAAUGUAGGAAAGCUUUCCAUGAGAAUUCACUCUUUGUUAUACACAAGAAUCCUUACACAGGACAGAACACCUGUGAAUACAGUGAAUACAGAAAAACCUUCUGUGAUAUGUCGGCUCUCAUUGCUCAUCAGAGAACACAUCCAAAAGAGAAUCACUAUGUGUUUAAUGAAUGUGGAGAAAAUUUCUUUGAGGAAUCCAUUCUCUUUGAACAUAAUGUUCACCCUUUGAGCCAGAAGUCAGACCUCAUUCCAAUUCGGAGAAGCCACUCAAUUGACAAUAUAAUUGGAUAUAACAAAUGUGGAACCUUUUUAAAUGAAAAAUUAGUCUUUGGCAUACAACAGGGAAUACACACAGGAGAAAAACACUAUGAAUGUCAUGAAUGUGGAAAAAUCUUCAACCAGAAGUCAGCGCACACAAGACAUCAGAAAACCCACACAGGGGAAAAAUCCCGUGAAUGUCAUGAGUGUGGGAAAACUUUCUACAAGAAUUCAGACCUCAUUAAACAUCAGAGGAUUCAUACAGGGGAGAAACCUUAUGAAUGUCGAGAAUGUGGGAAAUCCUUCAGUGAAAAGUCAACCCUCACCCAACAUCAUAGAACACACACAGGGGAGAAACCAUAUGAAUGUUAUGAAUGUGGGAAAUCCUUCUCAUUUAAGUCAGUCCUUACUGUACAUCAGAAAACACACACAGGGGAGAAGCCCUAUGAAUGCUGUGAAUGUGGGAAAGCCUUUCUGAGAAAAUCAGACCUCAUUAAACAUCAAAGAACUCACACAGGGGAAAAACCUUAUGAAUGUAAUGAAUGUGGGAAAUCCUUCUCUGAGAAAUCAACUCUCACUAAACAUUUGAGAACUCAUACAGGUGAGAAGCCCUAUGAAUGUAUUGAAUGUGGAAAAUUUUUCUGCUACUACUCGGGUUUCACAGAACAUCAGAGGAGACACACAGGAGAGAAACCUUUUGGAUGUAAUAAAUGUGGGAAAAACUUCCGUCAGAAGUCAGCCCUAAUUGUUCAUCAGAGAACUCACAUAAGACAGAAACCCUAUGAAUGUAAUGAAUGUGGAAAAUCAUUCUGUGUGAAAUCAAAACUUAUUGCACAUCAUAGAACACACACAGGGGAGAAACCCUAUGAAUGUAAUGUUUGCAAGAAAUCAUUCUAUGUGAAGUCAAAACUUACUGUACAUCAGAGAACACAUUUGGGAAGAAGCUCUAUAAAUAUAAUAAAUGAGGGAAAUCACUCUGGGUGAAGUAAAGAGUUUAUAGAACAAAGAAUGCAAAGUGGGGAGAAAAAUCUAUUAAGAUUUUGAGAACACCUUUGGUCUAAAGUCAGUUCUCAUAAUACAGCAGAGAACUUACAAAGGGAAGGAAAUAAUAUGAAGAUAUUCUGGACAUAGGAAAAUAUAAUACUGGAAUUUGGACCAUACGGUAUAUCAGCUCAGAGAAGAGAAAACCUGUUGGUGAAUAGAUAAGGGAACCUUCUGCCGAAGGCCACUCCUCACUAAACAUUUGAGAAAUCACAUGGUAGAAACCUCUGUCAGUAUUUGUAGGAAGACUUCAUCUAUAGGCCAGAGAAAAUGCACAAAGUAUAGGACGUUAUAGGAAAGCAUUUAUUAUGAGGUGGCAUUUUAUUGGACUUGUGCAAAAUGCUUGAAGUAGAAUCUCAGUGGACAUCAGAUAGUAGUUACAAGAGAAAUACUUUUGUUUUAAGUAGGUAGAAGCUUUACGUUAAAGCUAGCUUAUCAUACAUCAGCGAUUUUUAAUUGAACUGUCUAGCAUUUUAGGAAGUGUGGAGACUGUUUGCAUUUAGACAUAGUAUUUAUACAAUUUGGCCCAUAGCUGGGUGUGCUGUUGCUUCCAAUUUAAGGUAUUAGAUGUGAACUGAAACCAGUGGGUUGUAAGCAAUUCAAAUGGUAUUGCUCAGGCAUAUGCAAAACAUCAAGGGGACCCACCUGCAAGAUUUUCUGAUGUCCAGGUCGAGAGAGAUAUCCUGGUCUUGGUGGCAUACAUAGGACAGGAACUUGCUAACAGGAUUUUUGAAUAAUUCUGUGGUAGACUAAUUUUGAGUGGUCUGUCCUGAAAUGGUGAAUCAAAGGGGCAGUGUAGGUUGCCUUGAAUGCAACUACUAGGUGUAGUGGAAGUGAGUAUGGAAUAUAGGUGGUUUCUGCCUUACCGGUGUUUAACAGUUUGGCCAGAUGCCAUCAUGCUGUGAAGUGAUUUAUUGCAACCAACUUUAUCCACGUACUUAACGUGUUUUAUAUGUGAUACAGUGAUUUUUUAAAAAGCAGAAGAUUCAUACACAAACAUAUACUCUGUUAAGUAUGGAGCUUUAGAAAGCACAAAUAGAUUCUACUAUUGAGUAAGAUACAGUAGUUUGCAGCAGACCAGUGCACUCACUAAGAACAACUAGAAAAGCAGUUCACAAAAAGCAUCUAUUUAAUUGCAACCUAUUGUCGCAGAAGCAAAGAGGGUUAGGAUGGUAAAGUUCAGGAGGUGUGUAUGACAGAAAGUACAUGGGAAAACAUAGCUGUUUUUCCUGGGAGCACUUGCCAAUUCUGGCUACAGGGGGGGAUCUGACUAUUAAGCUUGGCUCCAGCAGAAGGCUAUAGCCUGGUGGGGGGAGGGGGGUUAGGGUGCAGGAAGACCAGAAACCAGGGAGUGAUGAACUCUUGACAGUCAAGGCUGGAGUGAAAAAGAUUGAAAUGCAAGAGGCUUCAAACAUAUAGCCAGUUUCUUGAAAUUUUCAGAAUACUGAUACAGGGCAGAAACUUGGAAAUCUAAGCUGAAAAACACAAGUAGAUUUUUUUUGCAGUACUGAGAAAAAAUGAAUAGAAUUCAGGAACUGCCAGUAGGAUGGGUCCUUGGUGAACACAGCAUGCCAUCAAUAAAAGCAGAAGGUCCUACCAGAGGUAGAUUGUACCUUGCCAAAACUGCAAACAAUUCCUGAGUCAUAUUUUAAAAUGUACACAGAAAGAAAACUCAUAGGAACAGAUGGCUUCACUGCAGUUAUUCUAAAUAUUUAAAAAAUAAUACCAAACUUUAGUAAACUUUUCCAGAGAAAGCAAGAUGGGACUUUUCCUAUUUAUUUUAUGAGACCAGUACAACUUUGAUACCAAAACCUUUAAGACAUUUCAGGAAAGUAAAGUUACAGACCACUACAUUAUGAAUUUAGAUGCAAAACCUAAAAUUGAAAAAAAUUGCAGCCGUAUAUCUUGACUAAAUGAUGUUUACUAGAGGAAUCAAAGGAUAGAUUUGAUAUUUAAAAUUCAGUCCAUUUGGCCUUCUCUUUCUUUCACACUCUCCUUUCUCCCUUGCACUUAGUGAGUUUCCCCUCUGCCUUCCCUUCCCAGAAUUGAAGAGGCAGAGCAGUCCUGCUGUUGGGAUGAGAAAGGUGCGGUGGUGACAUGCCAACCUGUAUGGAGUCCUGAGAGCAAGUGGAAGAGAUGGUUAGCAUGGCUGAGAUAUUGGUAGACUGAGCAGAUAAGUAAAUGUAUUGAGGAUAAUUAGAGACAGGUUUCUCACUGUUGGAAAGGGUAUCUAUAAAAAUGGAAAUGGGAGAAGCUAAAAAACCACCUUGAGUGUUGGACUGGAAUGUAACUCAUUUUAAAUACACAGAAGUAAUUAUAGUAGCAUUUGUGUGUGUUUGUGUGUAUUUUAUGGAUCUGUCUGUGGACACCAGGUACCAGGUUAUAAUUACUAAAUACUGUCCUCCCACCAAAAAUGGACCAAAUGUCUGGAGUGAUGGCUUAUUCCAAGUCAGAGAUGGGGAGAAAUACAAGAUGAUCUUCUCUAUCAGGCAAUAAGAAAGUGUUCAAAAAAUUAUGGAGACAUGUCAAAAGGACAAAAGAACCACCUUGGACAGUUUCCACUGGCCAAAUUUGAGACAGUUUGAACAUCAAAACAAAUAACAAUAGCAUCACAAAAGACUUUAAAAUGGGAAUCCAAUAAUUUGUACGUAUAUAAAUAAGUGAAUAAAUACAUAGAGAAGGGAAAGCUUUUCUUUAUAUAAUGUCAACUAGUAAAUCUGGGAGGAAUAAUAGCAGUAGAAAAACAUCAUUUGGUAAUUGUCAUACUGGUGGCUAACUCAGUAAGUAGUUGCCAACAUAGGCUACAGUUUGUGAUUAGAAGCUGAAUGAAGAACAAGGUAUUGGCAUAACCUCCAAAUAUUUCCCUACAAAAUGCUAAUCAACUGCAAAGGUGAAAAUAGUGAUUUUAUGAUAAACCUGGUAGACACCAACAUAAUCUGGUGAUCAAAGUUCACUUCACCAGUGGUAGGACAGGUUAACAUAAUGAACUCCCUGGUGAGAUGCUCUGAGAAGAGCCAACAUCAUCUGUGCUGUAUUCUUGCCAAGAAACAUAGCCAGAGUGUACUAAUGAGGAGACAUCAGAUGAACCCCCUUGAAAGAUUAUAUUAUAGAAUGUAAAGCCUGUAUUUAAAUUCUCAAGAACAUAAAAGGAAGAGACCAAGAGACUGUUCCAGGUUGGAGGAGACUGAGGUGUUUUAAAAUAAAAACAGGAGGACUUCCUAGGUGGCGCAGUGGUUAAGAAUGCGCCUGCCAAUGCAGGGGACAUGGGUUUGAGGCCUGCUUCGGGAAGAUUCCACAUGCCAUGGAGCACCUGAGCCCACGUACCACAACUACUGAGCCUGUGCUCUAGAGCCCGUGAGCCACAACUGUUGAGCUCAUGUGCUGCAACUGCUGAAGCUGGCGUGCCUAGAACCCCUGGUCUACAACAAGAGAAACAACUGCAAUGAUGAGCUCGCACACCAAAAUGAAGAAUAGCCCCCACUUGCUGCAACUAGAGGAAGUCUGUGUGCAGCAACGAAGACCCAGAGCUGCCAAAAAUUAAUCAAUUUUUCAAAAAAAAGAAAAAAUAGAAUAGUUGGCACAAUUCAGAGUGUGUAGAUUGGAGGCUAGUGUUUAUUACCAGACUUGGGUCUGUAGGUAAGUAAGUAUUUGGGGAAAAAACACACUCUUGUAUAUAAGGGAAAUGAAGUCUCAUGUCUGUAGAUUAUUUUUAAAUGCUGUAGAAAAAG